UUAUCGAUAAAGCAAGUCAAGUUGCCGAGGUACCCCAGCUUUCACCACCAACACCCCAACAAGCAGUCCACAACCACCACAAUGCCCUCACAGCAGCUCUUGCAUAUUCCCACCCUUUCCAAUCGAUAUGGCUUCAUCCCAUAAACCGCCGAAAGCGAUUCUCUUCGAUAUUGGCGGUGUAGUUGUUAUAAGCCCCUUCCAAGCCAUCCUCGACUAUGAAACCGAAAAUAAAAUCCCGAUUGGCUACAUCAACUACGCGAUCCAAGCCGGGCCGCACGACACAGGCGCAUGGCAACUCAUCGAGCGCGGCGACGUAGAGCUAAACGACGACUGGUUCGCCGCGUUCCGCACCCAGCUCUCCAACCCUCAAGUCUGGGGCGCGUAUCUGCGCAAAGUCGCCGCGCAAGGGGAGCUGGGCGGCGGCCAAGUCGUUGACGGCGGCGGAUUACCCCCAGUCCCGGAUAUCAACGCCAAAACGCUGUUCUGGCGCAUGAUGCGCAUCAGCCGCGCCCCGGAUCCGUAUAUGUACCCUGCACUGCGCAAACUGCAGGAAAGUGGGAAGUUCGUGCUUGGCGCGCUGAGCAAUACGGUCGCGUUCCCCACCGAUAUCCUCGACGACGAGGGUGUCCUGUUCACCAAAGCGCUACGUCAUGCGCCUGCGCCGAACCCCUACGCGCAAGACUCGACGGAUAUCACAACGUGUUUUGACAUCUUCAUCAGCUCUGCGCAUGUGGGGUUGAGGAAACCGGACCCGGCUGCGUAUGAGCUCGCGGUUAGGGAGAUGGAUAAGAUCUCUCGCGCAAAGGGAUUGGGUGGGGUUACGGCUGAGGAGACGCUGUUUUUGGAUGAUAUUGGGGUUAAUUUGAAGUUUGCGAGACUUUCGGGGUUGAGAACUAUCAAGGUGGGGUUGGGGAGGACGAAGGAGGCGGUUAGCGAAUUGGAAGCGGAGGUGGGGAUGGCGUUGUUAGGGGAUCGGGCGAAGCUGUGAGGGUUGAACAUUAUGACUGACGUUUGUUGCAGGGUGGUACUGACAUUCCGCUACAAGGCACUGGAUGGCAUCUCGUCUUUCGAAAAGAACAUUUCUCAGACGGUGGAUAACUACAUCUUUCUUCAAUACAUCACACCACAAUAGCCAAUCGAAUACAUUCCGCAUCCCCUCC